AUCAACAAGGAGAACAUGGAGAGGGCUCUGAGCCCCGAGAUCCUGUCAUCUGACCUGGCUCUCUACUUGAUGCCGUUCAGACAAGCCCACAUUGACACUGGAAAGGCCGUCCACCUCGCUGAGUCUAAAGGCAUCCCCAUCAAUAAUCUCAGCCUGGAUGACCUGAAGAGCAUCAGCCCCCUGUUUGGCAGCGACGUCUCCCAGGUCUUCAACUUCUUCAACAGUGUGGAGCAGUACACGGCCAUGGGUGGCACUGCCAAGAGCAGCGUGAGCGCCCAGAUCGAUCACCUGAGGGAGCUGCUCAAGAGGCUGAAGGAACAGGCUUAGAGUGUGGGGAGAGAUCCCGUGGAUGCAGCGUUGUGCCUAUAUCACUAAUCUGGAGUUAAUAAACACUGUGGUGUAUGUAGUUCACUGAAA